AUGCCUGAAAAAUUCUUGGCCGCAGUGAUGACCUCAAGUGACAUGUGGCAUCGAAGCCGUGAUGUGACCAUCAUUGAAAAACCUACAUCAAUAGAGAGUCCAGUUCAGAUCAGAGAAGUACAAUCACAGACUGAAUCCUCUGAGGUACAUUUAGAUUCAGUGGGGGACAUAUCAGAUGACACUGAAAGUGAGGAGUACCAUGAUGGUGAUGAAACUUAUGUUCCUGAUGAAGAAGAGAUCUCUAGUGAUGAAAGUGUAGUGAGUGUAAUUAAAAAAAGGGAGUGUGUGAGACACAGACAGCGACCAGACAGAAUACAUUACACGAACACAAUAUCAGAAUACAUUAGGGACAACCAGUCAUGGAGCAACGCCGCCAAUCACAUGGCGUCCUAUAGCGUGAAGCACCGUCUCGUGCAACUAGAGAAGUUGGAAGAAGGAAGAACCGGACCUCUUAAAUGGGGCUAUAAUAUACUACAA